AUGGCCACGAUCCCCACGGCGGAAGCCACUGCUCAACCCGACGCAGCCGCUGGAUCGACCGCCGGCAUCCCACCGGCCGCCACUGCUCAAUCCGACGCAGCCGCCGGAUCGGCCGCCGGCAUCCCACCGGCCGCCACUGCUCACCCGACGCAGCCGCCGGCAUCCCACCGGCUGCCACUGCUCAAUCCGACGCAGCCGCCGGAUCGGCCGCCGGCAUCGCCGGCCGCCACUGUUCAACCCGACGCAGCCGCCGGAUCGGCCGCCGGCAUCCCGCCGGCCGCCAUGGCUCAACUAGACGCCGCCACCCAAGCGGCCGCCCAACCGGACGCCGCCGCCAUGGCGCGCGCCCCGACGCCGCCUGACGGCACCGCGGCCACUGCAGCCGUAGCUGCCGGCGGGUGA